ACAUGCAACCUAUCUUUCUACAUUUGUUGUAGCCUUAACCAUAUUGAAGUUCCAGCUAGCUUAUAUAAUUUUCUUUUGAAGCUCUGAUAUAUACAUAUUUUCAUUGAGUAAUGGGUGAAAAGAAGCCUUAUUUGGCUGUGCUUUUAGUGCAAUCAAUCUAUGGUGGAAUGUUCAUGCUCUCAAAGGCUGCUUUCAAUGGUGGUAUGAACAACUAUGUGUUUGUCUUCUACAGACAGGCUGCGGCAACUCUUUUCUUAGCCCCUUUUGCCUUCUAUUUCGAAUGGAAAAAUAGACCACCACUAUCGUUUGUUACCUUCUGCAAGAUUUUCUUCCUCGCUCUAUUUGGAAUUAGUUUCUGCUUGGAUAUAUUUGGUAUUGGCAUCAUCUAUGCAACCGCGACAUUGGCUGCUGCAAUUUCAAACUGCCUUCCUGUCAUCACUUUCUUCUUGGCACUUCUACUCAGGAUGGAGGUGUUGAAAUUUAAGACAGUCUCAGGGAUUGCCAAGAUUGCAGGGAUAGUAGCAUGUAUAGCUGGCGCAGCAACCCUGGCCAUGUACAAGGGCCCUCACUUUAAUCUUUUGUGCCUUCAGCACCUCUCUGGGAGUCAUAACAGCCAAGGAAUUAUUAGUCAUAUUCCUUCUAGCCAAACCAGGAUAAAGGGUUGCUUCCUCUUGUUCUUGUCCAAUAUUUUAUGGGGCUUAUGGCUAGUGUUGCAGGUAAGAGUUUUGAAAAAUUACCCAUCAAAGCUUCUAUUCAUAACUCUUCAGUGCUUUCUAAGCACAAUUCAGUUAUUUGCCAUUGCCGUUGCCGCUGAAAGAGAUCCUCGUGAGUGGGAGCUGGGCUGGAACGUCAGACUUCUCGCUGUAGCUUACUGUGGAAUUGUCGUGACUGGUGUUACAUUUUACUUGCAAGCAUGGGUUAUAGAGAAGAAAGGGCCAGUUUUCUUGGCCAUGUCAACUCCAUUCACUUUGGUCUUUACAAUGAUUUUUUCUUCUAUUCUCCUAUGCGAGACCAUCACUCUGGGAAGUGUUUUGGGUGGGCUCAUGCUGGUCGGAGGACUUUAUAGUGUUCUAUGGGGAAAAAGAAAAGAAGAGAAAAUGAAUGAUGAGAACAGUUUAAAAGCUGAAGCUGACAGAGAAUGCUUAGAGUUGAAACAGGCAGUGCGAGCGGAACCUAAGGGCCCAUUGUUAGUGUAACAUUUAGGCUCUUGCUUUUCAUGCAUGCUACCGCCAUUGGCCAUUCCCUUGUAAAGGCAUUAAUUAUAUAAAAAAAUUCCAAGAGGAUAUUUGGAAGCCAAUUGCCUCUUUCUCCCCCUAUUGGAAGAGAUGGAGAAGGGGAUUUUAACUUGUAAUAUCCUUAUAAUAAAGCUACGCUUUCGUCUCCA